AUGCUGGGUGCAAGAGGAUUCUCCCACAGCACAGAGACCCCUGAAGGGGGGGAACUCUGUAUUCCACACCUGAACGCGUCAUGCACGAAGCCCACGCACCCUCACACCGAUGCCAUGCUGGUGUACGUGCUGCUCUCCUGUAUUUCUCUGCUCACUGUGGGUCUCAACCUGCUGGUCAUCAUUUCCAUCUCCCACUUCAGGCAGCUCCACACCCCCACCAACCUCCUCCUCCUCUCCCUGGCCGUCUCAGACCUCCUCGUGGGUCUCGUGUUGAUGCCGAUUGAAAUCAUCUACAUAGAGGCUUGCUGGUUUCUGGGUGACAUCCUGUGCACUGUGUAUUAUGUGGUGGACUACAUCAUUACCUCUGCUUCAGUGGCUAACAUGGUGCUCAUAUCUAUUGACCGCUACAUUGCGAUCUGUGACCCUUUGCAUUACCCCGCCAGAGUCACCAAAGACAGGGCGCGGUGCUGCGUCUGCCUGUGCUGGGUCUGCUCUGUCAUCUUCAGGAUGCUUCUCAUGCAGGACCACUUGGCUCAGCCAGGCCGGUCUAACUCCUGCUUUGGAGAGUGUGUGGUAGUGAUUAAUCACAUUGCAGGAGUUUUAGACCUGGUGUUUACCUUCAUCUUACCCAUCACUGUGAUCAUAUUCCUGUACACCAGGUUGUUCUUCGUGGCUGUGACUCAGGCUCGGAUCCUGCGCUCUCACAUCGCGGCGGUGACGGCGCAGCGUUCAGGAGCUCCGGCCGUGAAGAAGACGGAGAUGAAGGCGGCGAGGACUCUGGGUAUUGUCGUGGUUGUGUUUCUGUUUUGUUUCUGUCCGUAUUAUUACCCGGCUCUGGCCGGGGAGGACACUUCGGUGGACGCUUCGUCUGCGUCUGCAGAGAUAUGGUUGGCUCAUUUUAACUCCUGCUUGAACCCUGUGAUCUACGCCUUCUUCUACCCCUGGUUCAGGAAGGCUAUGAGGCUCAUCCUGACGCUUCAGAUCCUGAAGCCUGGCUCAUGUGAUGUUAAGAUGCUGUGA